UACUUGAAGCAGCAUGUGCUAAAAAAACUGUAUCUGAUCGCUCUCUUGUGACAUUAUCGUGAUAUUGGCGAGUUUGGUAACAAUUCGAAGAUGAGUGCAAAACGCCUUAGUCCAUCAGAACACGCAACUAACUGCCACAAGCAGUUUCAUCGAACGACACCACACGACGACUAUGAAAGUCCGGGUUUUAUCCGCAAAAGACGUAUUCGUAUUAACGUGAGAGGGUUUCAAUUUGAAACCUUCCAAACAACGCUGGAGCAAUUUCCAGAGACCAUGCUCGGAUGUCCAACAAAGCGAGUUGAAUUUUACGAUCCGGUCAGGGACCAAUAUUGCUUAGAUCGUGACCCGGAAAUAUUUCACUUCAUAUUGUUUUUCUAUCAAUCGAAUGGAAUCCUUUCACGACCUAAAACUAUUUCAAAGAAUAUCUUUGAUAAAGAGCUCAAAUUCUAUGGAAUUACAACAGAUCAAGAGGAAGCAGACAAAAAAAGCUCUGAGGCUGUCAAUGAGGCAUCGACGUCUUCAGAAGAACAAUUACGUUUAGAAAUGCAAAUCAAAGGUGAUCAAAACUUAAACUGUAGUCAGCGUGGGAGAAAUAUGCGAACAAGAUGUUGGUUGAUGUUGGAGUAUCCUGGAGUAACCCUAGCGGGUAUGAUAUGGGGUAGAAUCUCAAUUAGUGUCAUCCUUCUGUCGGUUUUUGCCUUUUGUCUAGAGACAGUACCUGAGCUCAAUUGCCCUGAAGACAUAACAAGAAACCCCAACCGCGAUGGGAAUCAACCCGCAGGAAAUGAAACACAAACAACAAUUAAUAAUGCAAGUUAUCAAUUGCAAAUGACUGCCAUGAAUAGAACUUCCAUGAGUAAUUUACAAGACUGCUCCGCGGCGCGCAUAUGGUUUGUUGUAGAAACUUCCACUGUUUUAUUUUUCAUGGUGGAAUACAUAAUAAGACUCUAUACCGCACCAAAGAGAUGUACUUUUGUCAUUUCGUUGUUCGGGAUUGUGGACGUGGUGGCGAUUGCUCCAUAUUUCAUUACAUUAGCAGUCUAUGGCUGGCGGACAGAGAUGAAUUUACAGGUGACCUCUUUCAGCGUGCUUCGAAUCAUCCGCCUCUGUCGCGUGCUUCGUGUCUUCAAGCUCAGUCGUUAUAGCAACGGCUUACAACUUGUGGGAAAAACGUUCACGGAGACGUGGAGAACGCUCUCGACUUUACUGAUGUGCGUGCUAAUGGGCGUGAUUCUAUCCUCAAGCUUUUUAUUUUACUUCGAAGAACAGGAUACAGUCAGCAGCAUCGUGAGAAAUUUUUAUUGGGCAAUCAUUACCAUGACAACGGUAGGAUACGGCGAUGAAGUCCCCAGGACUCUGCUCGGCAAACUUACCGCGAGUUGUUGUAUGGUUUUUGGGAUUGUCUUGUUGUUGAUUUUACCGUUGCCUGUGUUUGUAACACACUUCAGCAGUCUUUAUCAAGAGGAGACCGAGAAAAAGAAGCAAAAUAAAAGCAAAGGAGCUUACGCAGCUCCUACGUUGAUUGAAAAGCUAAUGACAAAGAGAGUCUAACCAUAAUUGAAAAACAACAACCCACGAGCGUCAGAAGAACUAUAUGUCAGAUAAUUGGAACAGAUGUUUCGAAUAAGAGUCGUAAAGCUAAUAUGUGGGACUUAAAGCAGUCAGGAUGGCAUCGCCAGGGAAGACAUCCAUCGAAAAACAUGAAUUAAUAUUUUAGUCAUAGUUUCACGAAUGGCUCGAUGUGUUAAUCGUAUCACACCUCAACCUGAGCACAACGUAUGUGAACAGGGUUCAGUUCAGUCGAGAUUUCCGUUCUUAGACCGCCCAUAUUUUGCUGAUUCCACGUUUUUGUUUGCAGAGGACGACUUAGAAUUGAACAAAGUUUAAAACGCACAUGCUCGGAGCUUUUCUGCUCACUGGAUCGAUCUUCGGUUUUGCCACGUCCUCGUCAUCGUCAUCGUCGAUGUUUGCUUGAGGUCACAAUAGCCAAUGGCGGUGAGGGGAAUGAUCAGAAGGAGCUAGUAGGAACUAAAUUGAAAAAAAAAAACAAACAAACUGUAUGAAGCGCGGGGAAACCCGACCGAUCACAGCUCACUGCAAAGCAUAACCAAGGAAGUCCCAGAUGACUUCGUCACCCAUUUUACAUCUGUUCUGAUAUUUGUAUUUUCUUCUCUAGAAAAAUCGAUGACAUAUGAAUGGGAACUAUUCUUGCCUCGUUUCCCCGCAUUUUGUCGUUUUUGUUGUUUGUUUGUUUGUUUUUUGUUUGUUUGUGUGUGUGUGUGUGUGUGUGUGUGUGUGUGUGUUCUGUUUUGUUUCUUAUGUAUUCUUCUCAUUAAGUUGCUGUAGCAAUUAAUAUUGUGUACCGGUUCCAUUAUUACCCAGUAUUAGCCAAAGUAGUGUUAACAUGGCAGCCGAUGAGAAAUGCAUGGUCAAGAUGUUCAUGCAACCUAGAAACGAAAGCACAGCAAAAUAAACUGUUUCACAGUGAAAAGACUGCAAAGAUCUAUAAGACAAGAAAACUCGAAAUCUUUCCUAUCCUAUUUUAAUCCUAUCUGCGUUCAUAUUUUAGCAAAAGGAGAAUGAUCCUCUGUGAUAUAUAAUCAUUGUAAAGUCAGAGAAACCUGAAUUUGGCUGAUUUUCUUGAGACCUCAUUGUUCCUGGACAUUAAAUGCAGAGAACGACAUUUUAAAAAGUAAAACUUAAAGCUGACCACUCUGAGCUCAUUUGAAAUUUACCUUUCGUUUAUAAUUUAUAAAGAAAUCUGCCAAUGGAUCGUACGUCAUAAUUUAAUUCAUAGAGCCCAAAACUUUUAAUGGACUGUGACUGCAUCAUUGAAUAAAAACAUUCAUAUUUCACCACAUCAUGAUAAAACGAACAAAGGAAUAUUUUUCGCGUCCUUUCAAAGAGAACAGCGGACAUUAAAGGGAUACGUUACUGAGGUGUGUUA